AUGAAAGACCCAAAGUCAUUACCUAAUUGUGUUUAGAUAAUGGACACUAUAUUAGGAACCAUAGAGUCAUUAUAUACAUCUGCUGGGAGAGGUGAUGAGUUUAACAACAUGGCCAGUAUUCCCCUGGGUGGUGAUCAGCUGACACGGGUAACAUUUGAUUCGGCACGCGUUCUGAGAUCUGGUACUCACAGUCGAACAGAGAGGUUUGACCAGUUGUCUCCAGUCAUCGAAGAACUAUUUCAUGUUCAGCAAGACUUGUUAGAGAAAAUCAUCAAAACCUUCUACAUACCAGAAACAGCUCGUGAAGAGGGAUCACUUGCCCAGUACAGAGCAAUUCUUCAUAGAACAAACGUUAAUGGGCCAGUUAAGGCUAAUGGAUAUGAAUCACACAAAGACUUCCUCAUAACUGUCACUAGGGUUGUUAGAGUUGGUGAUGGCUCAGAGUAA